AUGAUCAACCCCACUGAAUCAGUUUGCAUUAAAACUUCGACGGAACUAAGAGUCUUAAGAGAAUCAAGUGAGAUGACGAGAACAAUGAGGAAUUAACAAGGAUUUUUCCACUUGAGAAGCAACAGAAGCCUAUAAAAGAUUCAAGCUCCAUAAGAAUAGAGAAGAGUGAGUUAUUAACCAACCAGUGAAAGUCAAGCUCAAUUGCAAGCAUUCGCUAUAAAGCAAAGAAAAUUGUUUAAAGCUGGCUCAAACAGGAAAAUUGAAUUAGGGAAAAUAAAUUCUAACAACUUACUGUUGCCAAACAUUCCUAUCAAGCUGAGUUAAGGGAAUUAAACUACAAAAAAUCAAAAAGAUGUACACUAAUUUUUCAAAGAUCAGAAAGCUCUAUAGAAUAUAUAAAAUGAAUUGAUUUCAAAGAAAUUCAACAGCAGUGAUCUGAGACAAUACAAUACUUUUGAAAUCAACCCUAGUCUAUAAAACAGUAGCGGUAAAAUUAGAGCAACAACUCCAAAAAGUCCUGUUACUCUUGAAGAAUCUUCAUUGAUGGCUUUCGAUUUUCAUGGGUUACUCGGCCCGUAAAAAGCAAGCAAUAAUUCUUAUUUGCAAUAUGGACUUAAUCUCCCAAGAAUAUCUGAGAUAGAACAAGAAAUGAAUGGAGAUGAAAAGCUACCAGACUACCUUAGUGUCCACAAAAUAAAAACUAAGCACCGUUUAAGAAUGCUAGACUGGAUGAUCUAGGUAUUCCGUGUAUUCAAGGUCUCUGCUCCCUAAACUUUUUUUUUAGCUGUGCAAAUUAUGGACCGAUACUUUAUGGAAAAGUACAAAUUGAAACAAAUCUUGCAUAAAUCUGAUCUUCAUGAAAUAGGACUUGUCUCAAUGCAUAUUAGCUCGAAAUACGAAGACGUCAUUCCUAUUUUCAUGUCUUAAAUACUUAAAGACGCCGGCCAUAACAGGUUCAAAUAACAAGACAUCCUUUAACGGGAAAGAGACGUCCUUUAAGCUUUAGGCUUCAAAAUAAUGCAUCAAGACAACAGUUAAUAUAUAAAAAAGAUCGUUGCUGAUAUCAUAAAAUUCAAACUUGGAUUCCAAGAAUAUGGACUUUAAAAUUUAGAACGCAAUUUUCCUUAAUUCCUAGCAAAGAAUAGAAUCUCUACUCCCAAGCUUUUGGAAAGUUUACCUGAAAUAUCUAACAUCAGUGGGUCUUCAAUUGAUAUUGAUUAAUAAAGCUCAGAGAAGUCUCAAAGUAAUGAACCGAGAAUUAUUCCUCAAGAGCCCAAUAAAAUCACCAAUUUUAAAAUUCAAAAACAAAUUAUUACCUCCAACAUUGGAAUCAGUUACUCUGAAUGCAAUAGGAGACUAUGA